AUGGCGAGAGGCGACGCGCGGAUUGUUGUUCAGAACGUGUCGCUACGGAACGGCGCCGUUCUGUACGUGAUGGGCGGCGGGGGACUGCGCGGUGCGGGGGUGACGGAGGGCGACGAGGUGCGGUCGGUGGAGCUGUCGGUGUGCGGCGUGGAUGCGUUCAACGGCGCAAUUGUGCUGACGGGGAAGUUCCCUGUGGGGUCUGUGAUGACCAUCACCGACUCCCUGCUGAUCACCACUGAACCGACGCCGUUUGUGUAUCUCCCAGGCUCGGAGUCUUCGCCGUACGCCCCGGUGCUGGUGCUGUCGGACCUGCGGCUGGUGAAUUCCACGCUGGUUGUGUCUGGCGUGGCCUUCCUGACGGUUACGAGGGAUGGGCGGGCGGUGGCGUUCGACGGGGCCGCGCUGGAGCUGCACGGCAGUAGCGUGGCGCUGGACGCGGUUGUGUUUGGCGGCGAGUCUGCGUUGUACGCGAGUGCGCGCGUGGAGGUGGCGGGGGGCGCAGUGCUGCGUGUGUCGGAGAGCCGGGUGUAUGCCGCGCGCGGGUUGGUGUUUGCGGGGGGCCUCGCGUCGAAUGCGUCUGCCGUCGUGGUGAACGACAACACCGGUGUGCUGAGCGAGGGCGCGAUGCUGGUGCUGUGGGGGUCCGCGUCGUUGGCGUCAGGGUCGUGGCUGUCGGUGCGCGGCAACGACAUCGUCGGCAGGCUGCUGUCGGCACCGUCCUACCCGCGCGUCGUGGAGCUCAGGCAAAGCAUCCUCACGCUGCACGGGAACACCGGCAGCGGCUCCCAGGUGAUGGACGGCGCAGUUUCGACGGGGGGCGCCGGUGGGGAAUUUGUGGUCGGCUGCGUGCGGCACAAUGGGCGGGCAUUGGAGGCGGCGGAGUACGCGUCCGUUGGCAUCACGGGAUACACCCGCAUUGUGGCAUGCAACACAUGCGAUGUCGGUGUGGGAUGCUUCGCCGCGGCGACGAGGUCGAUGUCAGACUCCUGCCGGUGCCGCUGCGCCGAGGGCGGUUACGGGCGCGACUGCCUGCCGCUGCAGCUGCCGCGCGUGGACGGGUGCAACCGCACUGUGGACCGGCAAAACCGCACUGUGGACCGGCAAAACCGCACUGUGGCGUGCCCGGCGCUGGGAGUGACGACGCCGUCGGGCCGCGGCCUGACGCUGGCGGACAUCCGUACAAGCAGCGCGGCGCCGAAGAAGCUGACGGUGGCGCUGCCGCCCGGAUUCCGCUGGGCUCGCGACACCGACCUCCGCCCGUACUUGAGCUUCGCGUUGGCGU